GGACAAUUCUCUCUUUUAUUGACAGUCAGAUUUUCUUACAAUUCCUACUCAACUCCCACUGUCUCCCCGAAAAUCGAGAAAUUGGAUGGUCGAAAUUCCGUCAAAACCCAAAUCCAAUUGAACUAACACACCGACUGUCAGUCAUUCAUCUAUACACAGUCUUUCCACCCACAAAAAUGGCGGCAGCAGCCGAAGAAGAGAACAACACAGUAGUCAAGUAUGGAAUAAUAGGAGUAGGAAUGAUGGGAAGGGAACACCUUAUCAACCUCUACCACCUCCGAGAUCACGGCGUCUCCGUCGUCUGCGCCGCCGACCCUCAUCCUGCUUCACUCGAUUCCGCCCUUGAUCUUGCCCACUCCUUCAAUUGGUCCCUCCAGGUAUUUUCAGGGCAUAAGGAGAUGUUGGAUAGUGGGUUGUGUGAUGUGGUGAUAGUGUCAUCCCCAAACAUGACCCAUUAUCAAAUUCUGAUGGACAUUAUUGCUCAUCCUAAGCCACAUCAUGUUCUUGUGGAGAAGCCUCUUUGCACCACUGUACCCCAUUGCAAACAGGUGGUUGAUGCUGCCAAGAAGAGACCGGAUAUAAUGGUGCAAGUGGGUUUAGAAUACAGAUACAUGCCGCCAGUUGCCAAGCUGAUAGAAAUUGUUAAGGGCGGAGAAGUAGGCCCAAUCAGAAUGGUGUCAAUAAGAGAGCACAGAUUUCCUUUCUUGAUUAAGGUCAACAACUGGAAUCGGUUCAAUGCCAACACUGGAGGGACCCUGGUGGAGAAGUGUUGUCAUUUCUUUGAUCUCAUGAGGUUGUUCGCUGGUGCAAAUCCUGUUCGUGUGAUGGCUUCCGGUGCCAUGGAUGUUAAUCACAAGGAUGAAGUUUAUGAUGGAAAGGUACCUGACAUCAUUGACAACGCAUAUGUUAUUGUGGAGUUUGACAAUGGUUCACGAGGCAUGCUUGAUCUGUGCAUGUUUGCUGAAGGGAGCAAAAAUGAGCAAGAAAUAUCCGUAGUUGGGGAUAUGGGAAAGGGAGAGGCCUUUGUCCCAGAGGGCAUUGUGAGGUUUGGCACCCGAGUGGACGGCAGGGAUGGUGUGCAAACUAUACAACAAGUAGAUGAACGAAUAAAAUAUGAUGGAUUACACCAUGGUUCAAGCUUCUUGGAGCACUUAAACUUUUUGCAUGCCAUCAGAAACAAAGACACCCAGGCGCCUGAGGUGGAUUUAAUAGACGGGUUGAUUUCGGUGGCUAUUGGAGUCGCUGCACAAGUUUCAAUUGAGAAGGGUAGGUUUGUUACAAUGGAAGAGGUCUUGAAAUGAUUUGAGGUCGCUGCAUAAUCAUCAGUUUGUAUACUUUUAUUCUACCAGUAGACUCCUCUAUUGUGCGCCUAUUUCUGUGUUUAUUACUAGGGAGGGAAGGCUUUGUAAAUAUAUGAAUAAUUUCUAAGAAAUCCUAACACUUAUAAAAGCUUCAUACUUGUAAUACUAUUCACCCAAUAGUGUUGUUACAUAUAUGCCCUUGAUUUCCUUCUUA